AUGGCUUCGUUCAAGGAAAUGCAACAAACCUCACGACCGCUCUCGCACCGUCCCUCGGUGUCUUCCAAUCCCAUUCCAGCCCUGUCGAUCGCUCGACAGCCGCACUCACGCACCAACUCCCACUCCCUACUUUCCGGAUCUCUCAACGGCACCCACCGCGUCACACGCCGGAAGAGCAUGACAAACACGGGUGCUAACGUCGCUGCUCUUGCUGCCGCCCUCCAACAAGAAUCCGGUGACAAGGCUAUGCCACUGCCCAUUUCCAUCAACGCACGCCGCAACACGAUAUCCAAGAACGGUCUUUCGCGAUCCGCUGUCGUCGGCAGCCUGCCCUCUCCACCGGCCAGCCUACCAACACACAAGUUCGUAACAUCAGACGGGACGGUCAACAUGCAGGACAGCGCAAUCGAUGAUGAGGUUCACAUGUCUGGAGACGAAGGAGACAACAGCAACAAUAGCAGCAGCGGGGCCAACAAGAGCCGAAACAGGAGGGCCAGUGACGGCCAGCCGGCGCCCAAGGAAAGCCGAAAGAUCAACCGCCCGGAACUUCGCUGUGAGAAGUGCGGGAAGGGAUACAAGCAUAGCAGCUGCUUGACCAAGCAUUUGUGGGAGCACACUCCCGAAUGGUCAUAUACCUCUAAGCUGUUGAUUUCCAAGCACCAGCAAGUGCAGCUUCUCGAGGCUGCCUCUGUCCUGGUAGCGAUGAACAACAAGCCAACGACCGGGACCACGCCUCCGGACUCGACCCACGACUUCAACAGCGAUCAGGAUUCGGCAUCCCCAGCAGCAUCAGGCUAUUCGGAUCAACCAGAGCGCAGCUCUGCGGACACGACCCCACCGCCCCAGCUGGAUACCCUUAGCAACAUGACUGGGUUCCCCAUGAGCUUCACCAAGAGACAGAGUACCCCAAGCGGGUUUGCGCAGUCGUACCAAUCUGCGGCGUUCGGUAGUUCGGUGGCGGGUAGCGUGCCGGUUGGUUCGCCAUUUGCAGGUCAUUUCCGCCAGCUUAGCCUGAUGAGCCAGGAUCAAAGGCCAACGUCGUCUGGCAGGAACGUAACUGGCAAGGAAGAUCGGGAUUUGGCUGCGGCGGUGGAAGGUCUUAGCUGCAGCUUUAACAGCAGCGCUGGCCCCCGGUCGUUCCACCUCUCGGCGGACGCACCCCCAGUGCCACCUCUCCCAAACCAAUACCUGGGUCAGUCUUUGAGUCUCCUCCCUGGUAGCUUCAUCAACAGCUAUCCUAGUAGAGCUCCGGAAAGCUUUACCAGGGGGGAGCUGCGUCAAAGCUACCGGACGAGCGAGCGGGGCGACGUCAAGAUGGACGAAGAUAGCGUCAUGGACUAUGACGACGACGAAGACAUGCGGUCCCGGGCAAGAAGCGACGAGGACGACGACGGUGUCUUUGGAAGGAUGGAAGAAUGA